CAUUCGCUUCCCAGCUUAUCGUUAAUAUUAUAUUUAUUGUCGGCAUUUAGUGUCACUAUUUAGAAAAUUUCGAUUUUUUAUUCGAUUGUUCGGUUAUUCAUUAAUUUGUGAUUUUAUUAUAUCAAUUUGAGUAUUGUAGUACUUGUAAAUAAUUGCAAAAUUUUGUGCUUCAGUUUGAUAUUAUCGAUACAACUUUGUGCCCUGAUUUUCCAAUAAAUAAUAUUUGUACAAUAAUAUAUUUUUUUUUUCAUUAUGGCCUUAAAAAUUACUUCCAAAGUCAAAAAAGAAAUGAAAAAACGUAAACCCAAAAAACCUGAGUAAAGAAUGAUUUUUAUAUUAAUUUCAAUGUGAUUAGUAACUAAAUUUAUUUAUAUUUUAUGCAGUAAAUCAUAUUCAGAAAACUACGAAGAAAGUUGGUAUAUGCAAAUUAAUGAACCAUUAAAAAUAAUUUUGUCUGCAAGGUUUUUUUCUGUAUUCCUUCUUCACAUUACUGAUUGCGAUGAAACAUUCAACUACUGGGAACCGGUAAACUUUAUUGAACCAUCAUUAUAAUUUUUUCUCGUUGAAGUUUUACCGAUAUUUAAUUAUUUGUUUUAGACCCAUUUUUUCGUUUUUGAUAGCGGUUUUCAAACAUGGGAAUAUGCGCCUCCUUACGCUCUUAGAUCAUACUUAUACAUACUUUUUCAUGCAGUGCCCAUUUAUAUUAUCAAUAGUAUAUUCAACAUAAAAAAAAUCUUCUAUUUUUACCUAAUACGUACUGCACUUGGGUUAUUGUGUGGUCUUUGUGAACUAUAUUUAUAUAAGUAUGUAAUUGAUAUAAGUUAUUAUUUUGUGUUGUUUAUUAUUAGUAAUUCUUAAUUUAUGUUUACUUUCAGGGCUGUAUCUAAAAAUAUAUCAUCUACCGUUGCAUGGUAUUAUAUAUUCAUAACGAUUUUUAGUACUGGAAUGUAUAUUUCGUCUACUGCAUAUUUACCUUCUAGUUUUUCUAUGUAAGAAGGAAAUUUGAAUAUUUAAAAUAUACUUAUAUUAAAACAAACAAUUAUUUUUUCGUCUCUAGGUAUAUGACUUGUAUAAUUAUUGGAGCUUGGUUAAAUAAAAAUUUUGGAUUGGCAAUUUAUGCAACGGCUUUAUCUACUUUUUUAAGUUGGCCAUUUACUUGUCUUAUUGGGUAUGUAAUUUUUCUAUUUUAUUAUUAUUUUUUAUGCUAUAUCAACAGAGAAAUAUUGAAAUAAUUUUCUGUUGUUACAAAAAAAAAAAAUAUAAAACCUUAUUACAUUUAUUAAUUAAUUUAGAGUACCGCUCGCAUGGGAUGUUAUUUUUGUGAAUAAAAAAUAUAUGUUAAUUGUUAAAUGGUGUCUGUUAUCAUUAGGGACAAUUUUAGUAAGUGCAUAAUAUCAAUAAUUUUGUUUAAGUUAAGCAAUUUUGUAUUUGCAAAUCUUAUUGUUUUAUAGGUUAAUCAAGUCGUUGUAGAUUCAUAUAUGUAUGGUAAACUUGUAAUAGCACCAUUUAAUAUUGUUUUUUAUAAUGUAUUUACAAGUCAUGGCCCUAAUUUAUAUGGUACUGAACAUUGGAGUUUUUAUUUAUUAAAUGGUUUGUUAAAUUUCAAUAUUGUAUUUAUACUUUCAAUGUUGACUCCUUUAAUUAUUUUAAUGAGAAAGGUAUGUAAAAAGUAUGCAUCAUUUCAUUUUUUUAAUUAAAUUUGCUAAUUAGUUACUAUUUUUUAGAUUUCAACGAAAAUUGGUAUUAGAUUUUCAAAACAAAGUAAUAUUAAAAAUAAAUCAAUUUGGAUGAUGUAUUUAACACCGUUGUAUUUAUGGUUUUUUGUAUUUAUCAUACAACCACAUAAAGUAAAAUAUUUUUUAAAAUUAUUAAUAUGAAUAUGUGAAUUUUUGUCAUUUAAAUUAUAAAAUCAUAUAAAUAAUAAAUACUGAUUUUUUUUUUUUUUAGGAAGAACGAUUUUUGUUUCCUAUUUAUCCAUUAAUACAAUUGGCAUCUUCUAUAUCAUUAGAAUAUAUUAGAGAUAUGCAUUUACACUCAAGUAUAAUUCACAAUUUUAAUUUCCUAAAGCUGUACAACAAGUUUGUAGAUAUAGCUUACAUUCCUUUUCUUUUUGUGUUUUUCUUAUUGGGUGUAUCUCGCAGUACUCUUUUAAUUAAAGGUUAGUUUAUUUUAUUUAUAAUCAUACUAUAAUAAAGAAUAAAAUUGUUAGGUUUCUAUUAUAUUUAUUUGUUUUUUUUUUUAGAUUAUAAUCGGAGUAAGGCAUUGGUUUAACAACAAUUUAUUUUUUUAAUUUUUCCAUAAGUUUCCUUUUAAAUACUAAUAAUAUAAUAAUUAAUAAAUUUAUUUUUAUCAAAAUCUCUUGGAUCAUUUUUCUGUAAGCCGAGCUCCGUUUAUAUUUGUUUUAUAUUUGUUCCUAUCAUGUUCUUAUUUUAAAUAUUUUCAGCAUACCGUGCCCCCCUUAUUGCUUACACUCAACUGAGCAGUGAUCUUCUUACUCUGCCAGAAACAGAUAUAAUAAAUUUAUGUGUUGGCAAAGAAUGGCAUAGAUAUCCAUCAUCAUUUUUUUUACCAAGUGAUAGGUAAAUGUAUAAAUAUGAAAAUAUUAUAUGUUUUUCAAUUCCUUUGAAUAAUAUACCAUUUUAUAUUUAUAUUUAUGGAAUAAUUAAUAGUAAUAUUUUUUUGUAGAUGGAAAAUGCAUUUUAUAAGAUCAGAUUUUCGAGGACUUUUACCUGGUCGAUUUAGUGAAGAGUCUUUGACUGAAGUUGUUGAAAAUUUUAAUGACCAGAAUAAAGAAGAACUAGAUAAAUAUGUUAGUAUAAUCAAUUUUUUUUUAAAAAAAUAAGAAAUAUAUCUGAAUUUUAUAAGUAAUCAAACUUUAUGAAACUUUAACAUUGUGUUUAUCAUAAAUGUUAAUCAAAUUUGUUUAGACUAUUUCAAAUGUAUGUUAUACUUUAUAAUUGUAUAGGUAAUUAAAAUAUAAUUAAAUAAUAGUUAUAAAUUAGAUACCUAAUUUUACUUACCAUGUUGAUUGAGGAACAGUUUUUGCAGUUCUCAUUUCAGUGUGUACAUAACAUUUUUUUUUUUAAAUUCAAUUUUAGUAUUAAGAUCUAAGAUUCCUUCAGUCCGCAGUCCGAAGCCAAUGUAUUAAUCAAAUAUCUGAUAAUUUUAAAUUAACUAUAAUACUUUUAAGUUAAUAUUUAAAAUGUUAUCUUACUACCCAGACAAUAACUUAUAAAAACAAUUAAUAAAUUAUGAAAGCAGUUUAUUUAAUUUUCACAAUAUCUUCAAUAUUUAAAUUGUUCAACUAUAAUAAAAACAAAAUUAAUGAAUUGUGUACAUGUACUAGUAUUUAAAUUAUUAAACUGGAGUUUAAAAUGAUUAAACAUUUCUAGAAAAAUUUGAAAAAAAAUGUUUUUCUUACAUAAUCUUAAAAAGUAUUGAAAAAUUGUAAAAUAUAGAAAUAAUACAUUUAUGGCAUAACCCAAAAUUUUUAGAAAAUUAAAAAAAGAUUUGUAUUUACACUUUAAUUAUAUCAAUUAAUUGAAUUUGAAAAUAAAUAAUUUAGGAAUAGUAUUUUAUAGUUUUAAUAAAGUCAGUGAAUCAAUACUAAUUACUACAUAAUAAGUUCUAAAUAUUAAAAUUAUAAUACCUAAUUAAUAAAUAAAGAUAAUAAUAAUUUAUAAUAAUCUUAAUUAUAAAAUUUGCAAGAUUCAUCCAUUACAGACUUAUUGAUAGUCUAUUAAUGUAAUAAUACAUUAUCAUUAUGCAUUGGAUAGUUUUCACUACUUCUUCGAUUAUUCGGGGAAAACAUUUUUUAUAGUAUAUAUGUUUAUGUUUUCAGAGUGAUAUUCGGAUAUGCCAUUUCCUAGUAGAUUUGAAUAGCAAUCAAACAUCAGAAAUGGAACCUAACUAUGUUGAAGGUGGAUCACAAUGGACUCUUUGGUUGUCUAUACCAUUUAUGAAUAAUCAAAAGUAAGAAUUUCUAACUAAAUUUAUUUAUUUUUAUUUAUAACUAUUAUCUAUAAAAUAGAAAAAUAUUUUAUACAUGCGCCCAAGAAUUUAGGAAUUUAUUUUAGAUAUCUUUCAGCAAUGUUCUACACAAUUUUCCGUAAUACAUAUACUAAUCAUUAUUUUUAUGAUAUAUAUUUAAACUGUGAUAGUAAUGUAACAGUUUAAAAAUAUAAACAAUUAUUUGAAAAGGAACUUCUGGUAAUUUGUUGAAGUUUUAUACACAGAAAUAUAUUGCAAAUUAUUAUUAUAGAUAUAUUAUGCAUUUUGUAUUAUUUCAUGAUAUUUUAUUUUUUUAUUUUUUACAGAACAUCUCUUUUAUAUAGAACAUUUUAUAUACCAUAUCUCUGGGAAGAAAAUGUCAAGCUUUCAUCAUAUAAUCUUCUUGUGCGAAACGAAUUUAACACACAUAAUAUAAUGUCAUUCACGGAUUCCGGUGUUCCAAUACAUUAUCCAUUUUAGUUGAAUAACUUUUAAUGCUAUAGACAUAAAUUUAGAUUUGAUAGGAUAAUUUAUAAUUAAAAAUGUAUUUAAUGUUUGUUUUAUUAGAUGUGUGAGUGAAUUUUUUAAACCCUUUUAAUUAAUUGAUUCAAAUUUUUUUGUCCCAGAGACAAAUUGUACAAUAUAUUUUAUACUUAUUGAGCAUUCUGGCUCGACAUUAUUCCACUUUUUUUCAUUUAUAGCUAAAAUAGUUUUAUAAAAAAUACUUAAUAAAUUAUAAUAAUGAAAUAUUAACAUCAAUAUGAAGAUCAGAGUAGGAAUGCCUAUGGAAGAGCAACAAGUAGAGCUGUCAAAAUGACUGCGUGGAAUGAAAAAGAAACAAUGUAUAAUAAUAAUACUAUAUUUUAUUAUUAUGUGUAUAAAAUUAAAGGUUGUGUUUAAGUAAGCUUGUGUGCUACUUACUUUUGACAAGUAAUUUUUAUUGAUGAAGUGUAACUUUUUAUGCUUAAAAACAGUUUAAUAAUUUGUAAUAACAUGUUUAUAUUGUUACAUUUUAAAUAUUCAUUAAAUUAGUUUUUAAUGAUAUUUAAAUAUUUUUUUUUAGGUUUUUAUAAAUUGCUAUUAUCUGAAAUUUUAUUGUAGAAUUUAAUAUAAUAUAAUAUUGUCCUUUUUUGAUACUUACCAAAUUAAUUAGUUUAAUAUUAAUAGAAUAUGUAAAAUUUUAUCAUUGAAAAUUGUUUAUAUCGUUUUUACAUUGUAAUUGAUUUGAUUUUAAGUGACCGAGUGUGUUGUGUUUAACAGUAUACCUAAUAUUUUAAUUUAUCACAAUGACUUUAAUUGAAUCGAUGAUUGCAGAAAUGUCACAAGUCAAUUUUUUUCAAAACAGAUAACUGAUAAAAACUGUAUACCAACCUAACAUAAAUAAUUUUGGAAAAAAAUUUAAUUUUAGUAUUUCGAUUGUAAUUUUAUUGAUAGAAAUAUGAUAUUAUGAUUAAAGCCGUUUUUUACACUCAAUGCAUAGAAGUACAUGUCUCUGUGUGUUUUUACUAAUGUCUUAAUUUCAUAAAAUUUGUGACUAUAAAAAAAAAAUAGUGACGUUUUUGCAAUCAUCGAGUCAAUUAUAAAAACAAAUGGAAAAUUAAAGUCUAAUGUCCGUGUAAGUGUUGACGCUGUUAUUGUAAAUAAACUUGUACAUUACACGGUAUAUUGUAGUUGUCACCUUUGCACUUAAUUCAUAGUUUGAUGAUAUUUAUUUUAUCUAGACUAAAGACUAGAGAUGUGUUUGGGUGCUUAAGUAUCCAACAUCUCUUGGAAAUGAUGAUUAAUUAUUCC